GGCGGGAUGCGGUCCCUCAGGAAGCUGUACGAGGAGAGAUAAAAAAAAGAAGUUAAACAAGGGGUCAGGUAGCAGCACUCAUGCCGCUCGUGCCCAAUGAUUAAGGAACUGGAGGGACACCAGCUCGGACAAGGGAAGAAGACGAUGGAAGGGAAGUAGCCGUAGUGGAGAAGGGAAAAAUCCGCUGCUUGGCUGGCGAUGAGGUCAGGGAUCCGGCCCAAGCCUGCACUAGGUCUGCAAGUAAUAUCAAGCCCGUGUGUGGCUGUCGUAGGCCGUCCCUUCGUGGGCUUUCUUCUCUAUCGUGCUUCCGCCGUCCGUCCUACAGGACAAGUGCGUGAUGCUUCCGUCAGACCAACAUUUCUCCAACGCUGCCGUGGAAUUGAUGACUCGUGUAAAUUCCCGCCCGCUUUGGCUGAAUCACGCUGGAUAUUCGUCAAUCGAUGCAGCUCCCCCCUCCGCCCCCGGGGCCGACCUCACCUGCCUACUUGGGGCAGGAAAGGGGCGGGGUGCGAAGAGAGAGGAGAGCCAAACCCGGUGGGUUGGGGUGCUUUCUCCGUCGUGAGUGCAUUGUAUGAGCAGAGGAUAUUGAUGGCGAAUUCAUCCGAGAUCAACCCCGAGCGUCAGAGAGCCGUACGGAUAGGGCGAGGCGUGUAGAGCUCGCGGAAGUGAUGUAGGGAUGCGCAAUGAUGGGUGUGCGUGUGUAGACCCGUCUGCGAGGUGUAUGUGGGCACGGAGGCGGAUUGGGCGGACGGAUGCGGGUGCGUAGGCAUAGAAACGAUGGAUUUUGACAAUUCAGCCCUGGC